AUUUUUAAUGUUAAGCAAUCGUAGGGUAGCUAGGUAGAAUUCAGACGCAGCAAAGUGAUGGAGCCUCCCAAGGAUCCCACCCGCGUACGUAGUUAGCACUCGGAGAGGAGACAAAACUGAUCCCGAAGAAAUAAUAAGCAUCAACGCCAGCUGCUGUCUCCUCCAUUACUCUCUCUCUCACACACUAUUACAAACAGCCUCAGCUGUCGCGGCUUCCUAUGUCUAGCGGUCUAUAGUUUAUACACACAGAGAGAUGAGGGAGAGGGAUCCACUUUCAGUGCAUGUAUAAGCGUCAAGUUAACUCUUUAAUUUGGUUAUCCUUUGAAGCUCACAAGAAAGUAGGAUCAGAGUCAAGACAACACUUCCUGAUGUCUGAUCACAAACCAGGCCGUAUGAACGACCAGCUAUCAAAGACAACCUCAAUCUUUGGCCUUAAACUCUGGGUGGUUCUUGGGUUUUGUGUUGGAGCUGCCUUUGUGCUUCUUCUCUUCCUAAUCUCUCUCUGCUGGCUCGCCUCAAAGCGCUCCAAAACCAAGACUUUACGCCGGCCCACGAUCCCACUUGUGUCCAAAGAGAUCCAGGAGAUCAGAGUCGACCAUGCCCGGUCCAAGCCAAGCAGGACUCAAAUCCAAGCCGUCCCAUUUCCUGAACCGGACCCAGUUCCCGGAAUUGAAAGGCAGGCGCUGCUGCCGCCUCCGGAGGAAGAGAGCCCGCUGGGAUACCACCACAGGAUAAACAUUGAGAUUGGGAAGGACCAUAGGAUUUCUUAUCCUGAACGGUUUUGUAGGUCUUCUUCUUCGCAGGGGAGUGGGGAGGCUCGUGGUGUGGAUCAUCCGGUGGCUAUGGUGGUCCCUGAAGUUUCGCACUUGGGGUGGGGCCAUUGGUAUACUUUGAGAGAGCUUGAGGCAUCGACGAAUGGCUUUGCCGACGAGAACGUCAUCGGCGAAGGUGGGUAUGGGAUUGUAUAUCAUGGUGUUUUGGAGGACAAAACUCAGGUUGCUGUCAAGAAUUUGCUCAAUAACAGGGGACAAGCUGAGAAGGAGUUCAAAAUUGAGGUCGAGGCAAUUGGCCGGGUUCGGCAUAAGAAUUUGGUGAGAUUGCUUGGGUACUGUGCUGAAGGAGCUCAUAGGAUGCUUGUCUAUGAGUAUGUAAACAACGGGAAUUUGGAGCAGUGGCUUCAUGGGGAUGUAGGGCCUUGCAGCCCUCUUACUUGGGAGAAUCGGAUGAAUAUCAUCCUUGGAACUGCAAAAGGGCUAGCUUACCUUCACGAGGGACUGGAACCCAAAGUUGUUCACCGCGAUAUAAAAUCAAGUAACAUUUUAGUUGACAAGCUGUGGAAUGCAAAGGUUUCAGAUUUUGGCCUUGCCAAGCUCCUCGGCUCAGAGAGUAGCUACAUUACAACCCGUGUCAUGGGAACAUUUGGCUAUGUAGCUCCUGAAUAUGCAAGCACAGGCAUGCUGAACGAAAGAAGCGAUGCGUACAGUUUUGGGAUUCUUAUAAUGGAAAUCAUUUCUGGAAGGAAUCCAGUUGAUUAUAGCCGACCACCGGAAGAGGUCAACUUAGUUGAGUGGCUUAAGAAUAUGGUCGCUAACAGGAAUCCGGAAGGAGUAUUGGAUCCAAAGCUACCUGAGAAGCCUACUUCAAGGGCAUUGAAGCGGGCUCUUCUCGUGGCUUUACGCUGUGUAGACCCUAAUGCACAGAAGCGGCCAAAAAUGGGACAAGUUAUACACAUUCUUGAAGCAGAAGACACCCCAUUCAAAGAAGAACGUAGAGUUGGAAGGGACAGAGGAGAGGCUAACAUGUCAACAGUGCAAAGGAUGUCUUGAAGGCCCCUUUGAUGUGAAUAAUUCUUGAUGCAUAUGAUCAGAACUGUAGGAAUUUCAUGAAAGUGGGGUGCAUGCCCACUGAGGCAAGAUGGCGACAUCAAGAAAAAAAUGUGAAGGUCCCUUUCCCAGUCUACAAUUAUACUAAGACUUAAUUGGCUGAUUGGGGCCCUCUA